GGGGCCGGGCGGAAGAUGGGGGAGGCCCAGGCGGCCCCGGCCUGGCAGUGGGGCCGACGGCUGGCGGGGAGAGGGGGCCCCGGCAGCUGGAGGCCCCGGCAGUCUCCCCGGCGCCCCCGAGAGCUGGCCCGCCCUCCCAUCGUGACAGAAAUGAUGGAAGAAUUGCAUAGCUUGGACCCACGACGGCAGGAAUUAUUAGAGGCCAGGUUUACUGGAGUUGGUGUUAGUAAGGGGCCACUCAAUAGCGAGUCUUCAAACCAGAGCUUGUGCAGUGUGGGGUCUUUGAGUGAUAAAGAAGUAGAGACUCCUGAGAAAAAGCAGAAUGACCAGCGAAACCGGAAAAGAAAAGCUGAACCAUAUGAAACUAGCCAAGGGAAAGGCACUCCUAGGGGACAUAAAAUUAGUGAUUACUUUGAGUUUGCUGGGGGAAGCGGGCCAGGAACCAGCCCUGGCAGAAGUGUUCCACCAGUUGCACGAUCCUCACCGCAACAUUCCUUAUCCAAUCCCUUACCGCGGCGAGUAGAACAGCCCCUCUAUGGUUUAGAUGGCAGCACUGCAAAGGAGGUAUCGGAGGAGCAGUCUGCUCUGCCAACCCUGAUGUCCGUGAUGCUAGCAAAACCUCGGCUCGACACGGAGCAGCUGGCACAGAGGGGAGGUGGCCUCUGCUUCACUUUUGUUUCAGCUCAGCAAAACAGUCCCUCUUCUACAGGAUCUGGUAACACAGAGCAUUCCUGCAGCUCCCAGAAACAGAUCUCCAUCCAGCACAGACAGACUCAGUCUGACCUCACAAUAGAAAAAAUAUCUGCACUAGAAAACAGUAAGAAUUCUGACUUAGAGAAGAAGGAAGGAAGAAUAGAUGAUUUGUUAAGAGCCAACUGUGAUUUGAGACGGCAGAUUGAUGAACAGCAAAAAAUGCUAGAGAAAUACAAAGAACGAUUAAAUCGAUGUGUGACAAUGAGCAAAAAACUCCUUAUAGAAAAGUCAAAACAAGAGAAGAUGGCAUGUAGAGAUAAGAGCAUGCAAGACCGCUUGAGAUUGGGCCAUUUUACCACUGUCCGACACGGGGCCUCUUUUACUGAACAGUGGACAGAUGGUUAUGCUUUCCAGAACCUUAUCAAGCAACAGGAAAGGAUAAAUUCACAGAGGGAAGAAAUAGAAAGACAACGGAAAAUGUUAGCAAAGCGGAAACCUCCUGCAAUGGGACAGGUGCCUCCAGCAACCAAUGAGCAGAAACAGCGGAAAAGCAAGACCAAUGGAGCUGAAAAUGAAACGUUAACAUUAGCAGAAUACCAUGAACAAGAAGAAAUCUUCAAACUCAGAUUAGGUCAUCUUAAGAAGGAGGAAGCAGAAAUCCAGGCAGAGCUGGAAAGGCUAGAAAGGGUUAGAAAUCUACAUAUCAGGGAACUAAAAAGGAUACAUAAUGAAGAUAAUUCACAAUUUAAAGAUCAUCCAACGCUAAAUGACAGAUAUUUGUUGUUACAUCUUUUGGGUAGAGGAGGUUUCAGUGAAGUUUAUAAGGCAUUUGACCUAACAGAACAAAGAUAUGUAGCUGUGAAAAUUCACCAGUUAAAUAAAAACUGGAGAGAUGAAAAAAAGGAGAAUUACCACAAGCAUGCAUGUAGGGAAUACCGGAUUCACAAAGAACUGGAUCAUCCCAGAAUAGUUAAGUUGUACGAUUACUUUUCACUGGACACUGACUCGUUUUGUACGGUAUUAGAAUACUGUGAGGGGAAUGAUCUGGACUUCUACCUGAAACAGCACAAAUUAAUGUCGGAGAAAGAGGCUCGAUCCAUUAUCAUGCAGAUUGUGAAUGCUUUAAAGUACUUAAAUGAAAUAAAACCUCCCAUCAUACACUAUGACCUCAAACCAGGUAAUAUUCUUUUAGUAAAUGGUACAGCAUGUGGAGAGAUAAAAAUUACAGAUUUUGGUCUUUCCAAGAUCAUGGAUGAUGAUAGCUACAAUUCAGUGGAUGGCAUGGAGCUAACAUCACAAGGUGCUGGUACUUAUUGGUAUUUACCACCAGAGUGUUUUGUGGUUGGGAAAGAACCACCAAAGAUCUCAAAUAAAGUUGAUGUCUGGUCAGUGGGUGUGAUCUUCUACCAGUGUCUUUAUGGAAGGAAGCCUUUUGGCCAUAACCAGUCCCAGCAAGACAUUCUACAAGAAAAUACUAUUCUUAAAGCUACUGAAGUGCAGUUUCCGCCAAAGCCAGUAGUAACACCUGAAGCAAAGGCAUUUAUUCGACGAUGCUUGGCCUACCGAAAGGAGGACCGCAUCGAUGUCCAGCAGCUGGCCUGUGACCCCUACUUGCUGCCUCACAUCCGAAAGUCGGUCUCCACGAGUAGCCCUGCUGGAGCUGCUAUUGCGUCAACCUCUGGGGCGUCCAAUAACAGUUCUUCGAAUUGAGACCCACUCCUAGGCCACAAACUGUUCAACACACACAGAGUGGACAAAUGGCAUUCAGCAGCGGGUUUGGAACAUAGCGAAUCCGAAUGGAUCUCAUGAAACCUGUACCAGGUGCUUUUAUUUUCUUGCUUUUUUUCCCAUCCAUAGAGCAUGACAGCAUCGAUUCUCAUUGAGGAGAAACCUUGGGCACCUCUGGCCAGGCCUCAUAGGAAAAGGCCCCGCCCAAGGUUCCGGCGUCAACGGCCACUGUGUGUGGCUGCUCUGAGUGAGGAAAAAAUUAAAAAGAAAAACUGGUUCCAUGUACUGUGAACUUGAAAACAUGCAGACUCAGGGGGGUCCCUGAUGCAGUGCUUCAGAUGAAGAAUGUGGACUUGAAAAUACAGACUGGGCUAGUCCAGUGUCUGUCUAUAUUUAAACUUGUUUUUUCUUUUAAUAAAGUUUAGGUAACAUCUCCUGAAAAGCUUGCAGCACAAAGGCUCAGCUGGGGAUGGUGUUUGACUUCGGAGGAAAAAAGUUGCUAUUGCCCGUUAAAGGCACUAGAGUUAGUGUUUUAUCCCUAAAUAAUUUCAAUUUUUAAAAACAUGGAGCUUCCCUCCCCCCUUUUUUAUUUUUGAAGAAUACAUUUGGUCAUAAAGUGAAACCCGUAUUAGCAAGUACGUGGCACUGUUCAUUCCAAUCAGAUGCAGCUUUCUCCUCCGUCUGGUCUCCUGUGUGCAAUUGCUUCCCUCAUCUCAGUAGGGGAUGGAGUGGGGACACCGAGAUGCGAGGGGUUUUGCCAUUGGACAAAGAAUGAGGUUAGAAGACUGCAGCUUCGGUCUCUCUAAGUUUUCAACUAUUUCUUCACAAUCUGAACACUUGACGGUUGUCCCUUUUAAUUUAUUUGAAGUGCUAUUUUUUUAAAUAAAGGUUCAUCUGUCCA